AUGGAUAGAAGAUUGGUUGAUAGGAAACUUGGCGACAAAUGGAUAGGGGAUGGAUCGGUGGAAGAUGGGUUGAUAGGAUAUGGAUGGGUAGGGGAUGGAUUGAUAGAAGCUAAGGCAAAGCGAGAAAGCAUAAGAUUUGAGGGGAACGCGACAAAUAGCAAGAAAAUGCGUUCAAGCAUGUUCAAUAUUUUGACAUCUGAUCCCAUGGCGAAAGUCAUGCCAAUGCAAGAAAUCAUGAAUCGUAUUAUUGUUGAUCAAAGGUUGCACGCUGGCGAGGUGAGUGACACUCAGCUGGCCCUCGCAGACAUGAAGGCUAGAAGGUUUGGGCAUAAGAAAACAGGCAGUGCGAGGUCUGGUGAUCUAGACUGCUCUCCUUUCUGUAAAUAA